AUGGCGGACGGCGACAGCGGCAGCGAGCGCGGCGGCGGCGGCGGUGGCGGCGGCGGCGGCGGCGGUGGCGGCGGCGGCGGUGGCGGCGGCGGCGGCGGGCAGGGAGGCUUCCAGCCCGCACCCCGCGGUGGCGGCGAGCAGGAGACGCAGGAGCUGGCCUCGAAGCGGCUGGACAUCCAGAACAAGCGCUUCUACCUGGACGUGAAGCAGAACGCCAAGGGCCGCUUCCUGAAGAUCGCCGAGGUGGGCGCGGGCGGCUCCAAGAGCCGCCUCACGCUGUCCAUGGCGGUGGCGGCCGAGUUCCGCGACUCGCUGGGCGACUUCAUCGAGCACUACGCGCAGCUGGGCCCCAGCAGCCCCGAGCAGCUGGCGGCGGGCGCCGAGGAGGGCGGCGGGCCGCGGCGCGCGCUCAAGAGCGAGUUCCUGGUGCGCGAGAACCGCAAGUACUACCUGGAUCUCAAGGAGAACCAGCGCGGCCGCUUCCUGCGCAUCCGCCAGACCGUCAACCGCGGCGGCGGCGGCUUCGGCGCAGGCCCCGGGCCCGGCGGCCUCCAGAGCGGCCAGACCAUCGCGCUGCCCGCGCAAGGUCUCAUCGAAUUCCGCGACGCGCUCGCCAAGCUCAUCGACGACUACGGAGGCGAGGACGACGAGCUGGCCGGAGGCCCAGGAGGCGGUGCCGGCGGCCCCGGGGGCGGUCUGUACGGGGAACUCCCGGAGGGCACCUCUAUUACGGUGGACUCCAAACGUUUCUUCUUCGAUGUGGGCUGCAACAAGUACGGAGUGUUUCUGCGCGUGAGCGAGGUGAAGCCGUCCUACCGCAAUGCCAUCACCGUGCCCUUCAAGGCCUGGGGCAAGUUUGGUGGCGCCUUCUGCCGGUAUGCGGAUGAGAUGAAAGAAAUCCAGGAGCGGCAGAGGGAUAAGCUUUACGAGCGUCGUGCUGGGGGCAGUGGCGGCGGUGAGGAGUCCGAAGGCGAAGAGGUGGAUGAGGAUUGAAAGGGCAGCUUUCCCCACUGGCCUCCCCCACCCUGUUACCCGCGCCCCCCACCCCGCAUCCCCCUGGCUAGUUCCCAUUCUUGCUCAUUCCCCUGUGAGCUAGUGGAGAGGGAGCCCGGGAGGCCACCAAGGGAGAAAAAAAAAAACCAACAAAAUUAAAAAAAAAUAAUAUAGUUAAGAGAAAUAACCAUAAGACAACAGUCUUGAACAGUGAGUAAAGCAGUAAAGUUCCAGAAAUUGACAGCAACCUGCAAAGAGAGGACAACAGCAUCUCCUCACCUGCAAGAGUCUCAGCUUCUAUUUCCCACCCGAGGUUCCUAAGCUCAUCUAGAUAAUCCUGAAGGGGAUAGAUUUCGAGUCUGGGCCCCUAAACACAUCUGACUUACCCAGAUCCAUCUGUGUAUAACAGUUGAAUUUGUGUUGUACCUGGGUAAAUCUAAAGUAUCUCUCCAGGCCUAGCCGCCGUUGCAGUGUCUAUCCUUCACCUUCAUUGUAAUCAGCCUUUUGGAUCGAGAUCUUCACGGAAAUUCUUGAGACAGAGAGACCUUUGCAGUUACCCAGUCCUGAGAGUCCAGGUUUAUGAAAAGGAAUGCAACUUUACACAAUCAUGGACAAGGCAAAAAAGAAUUCAAAAAGCCAUCAGCGAAUCAAAACAAAUUGGAUUUUUUUUUAAUGGUUUUGCAUGGAACCUGGCCCCAUGUCUUUUCUUUGCAGAAUUGUUUUCCGGGAUGUGAAAAUUCAAAAGCCAAUGCUUGAACUAGAGAAUUCAUUACUAAAAUGGUUUAAAAGUUGGGCAAAAGGAAUUUUUUUUUUCAAAAAAUAAAAGCAGUUUUACAUUGGGGGUUGCUGAGGUAGGCACAAUAAGUCAGGCAUAAAGCACAAGGCAAACUCGUUGAGUGGAUGGGUUGCUGCUCACUAAAGUUCUUCCCUUGAUCUCUAAAGGUGGAGGUCAUUACCAAGAAGUGGCAUUGGUGUGAAUGAGAGCCAGAUCCCAUGGCUCUACCAUAUGAGCCAGUGAAUUAUGGCUAAUUUGGCUGUUACAGCCACUGGUUGGCUGCAUUUUAAACUGUAAAACUUGAUGAUUUUCUGCAAAAGGAACAGUGUGGCUACAAGCCUGAGCUUUAAUGGAAUAUGCAUCCUCACAGAGAAGUUGGAAAUAACUAAAACUGAAGUCUUAAUUCACCUUCAGUUUAAUCUGUGGAUUUGUUCAAAUACUAAAGAUCCUCAGGUUCAGAAUUCCAGCAUCAUUUAUUCUUUAAAACAAAUUUUUAAGAACUUGAUCCAUCUUAUUAGUACCUCACAAUCAAAGUUGGCAAAUGAUGGAUGAAUGAUUCAAGCAGUGCACCCGGUGGAAGCUGAAAUCCAUCUGUGAAUGGAACUGAUGUGAACGUGAAUAUGCUGACUAUAUCCUGGAAGCAUUUUUAUACCAUCUUGAAAUUGCAACAUACUGGCAUUGGCCAGUUUAUCCAGCUGUCUUUCAAGAAUAAAAGUUGGGGUUUUCAUGGAUCGCCUCUUCUAUAUUUUAAAUGGAUUUUCAGUAGAAAUGAUUUUUAUUAAUCAAGUUAAUCCCACCCCAUCAAAAGGUAUUUCUAGAAAUGUCACAGCCUAGGAAACUUUGAAUUGAAUGUUCUUUCCAAAGUUUUCAGGUAUUCUUUGUGUGACACCUCAACCAGGAGGCAAGUAACCCCACCUCCACAAUCUUAGUAUUUUUUUUUAACUGCAUGCCUGCCCUUUAUUUGAGCUGCCUUUUUAAUUUAUUGCAUAUCCUUUUUAUUAUCUUAUUUUGGUAUUCAAUCUUUACAAUCUUUUUGUAUUUAUUGGGAAAUAAGUAAUAUACAAAAAGGUCAUUUUCAUGUAUUUGUGGCUGAGAGGGAGGGAGAUACUUGUGUAUAUAAAAUUAGGCUCUUUUUUUAAACUAGACUAUGAUUCAGAAUAAUGUUGAUCUUAGGUUCAAAGAAAUAGAAGAGCCACAAACAUUGGUGCCCUUUUCAGACUAUUUCUCUACUCACAUCAUUCAUAGUAGAAUUUUUAAACAUUUUUUAAAGCUUUUCUUUUCAAUUUUUCUCCGUUGCAAAGAAUGUUUCCUAAAUUGUAUGGGAGCAAUAGUAUUUUUGAUGUUUUAAUGACAUCCGUAUACUUGUACUGUAUUUUGUACCACAAGGCAGCUGUUUUCAAUAAUGUCCUGCUGUAUUUACCUAUGUGUUUUGAGUGUUUUGUUUCUUUGCUGCGGAGAACAAAUUCCUAGUUUUAGUAAAGGAGAUGAGAAGCUAGCAUUAGGCUUGCAGAAACUGUUUAAGUUUCAACUCUGAGGCAGCAAUGAAAAUUAAGGUUGCAGCUAUUAGUUGAUCGCUGUAACUUUUUCAUUUUCAAAUCAUGUACAAUUCCUGUAUAGACCAACUUGUUUUCUUGCUUCAGUGGUGAUUCUGUUGCUCAGCUGCAGUGAGCCAGUUCAAUUUUGCAAAGGUGCAGUACCUCUCCUUUUCAAGGGAGUGGUUUAUUAAUCUUUUUUCUUUUCUUUUUAUUUGGCUGAAUUGCAGUAACUAGCCUUGCCUUUCUAUUCUGUAGAAAUGACAGGGUCUUCACAAUCCUUUACCAGUGGCUACUAAGCUAUAAUUAGCUGAAUAGAAAGAAUGUGGAAGUGGUCUGAGGCAUAUAGAGUAUAUGCCAAGAACACUACCAUAUAUGGCAUCAGCUUUGGUUACCAGAGAAAUUUUCUUAGUCAUUAGACCAUAUAACAGUUAUAUAUCAUAUGUAAGUCUUUAGAUAUCAAUUUGAGAAUCCUCCAAAAAAAGGAGCAAAGAAUGCGUAAGCUAUGUGUUGGCAAAAGUAAUUUAUAUUAAAAUUUUGACCUGCCUGUGUAAGAUUAAGUGGUGAAUGUCCUAGUGGUGGGUUUUUAAGUCUUAAACCAAUCUCUGAGGUUUAUUUUUCCUGCAGGGGUGUUUCAUGGCCUCUCUUCCACUGUAGGAAGAUUGCAGAAGGAUGUGGAUUAAUUGUAGCAUUUCACUGAUCCUCAUUCCAGUGACUAGGGACAAUAGAAAUCUGCAGAGCAUGGAGAUUCAUUCAUUAAUACUAGCUUAUUAAAGGAAAUAGUCUUUGUUCCAGUUAGAUAAUGGCAUUAUACAAACUCUGGGAAGCAACUAACUUUUUUGUUUUGUUUUUAGCUGCUUACUACAAACGCUUUAGAAGUUGUUUUUAAAAUUUGGCAAACAUCCCAGCUAAUGAAAAUAGUUACAUUCCUUAGAAAUAGGGAACUAAAACUCCUUUUCAAAAAAUUGAGUUUUAUUUCAAACUAGCUACAGAGAUAAGCCUUUUUUUUUUUUUUUUUUUUCAAACAGUCAAAAGAGUCAGUCUCUGUGAAGAGAUGUAACUCUUUAGGUUUCUAUUGUCCCUUCUCAUCAUUUCAGCAAGUGAAAUGGCAAUUCUGGUGAGCAGAUCUUUCAGUGCAUAUGCUGCACCAAACAAAAUGUCAGUCUGUAUAGCACCAAAAAUCAAACUGAAAAGUAAACCAAAAACCCAAAUACCCUAUGGAACUGUUGGAGGCAUAUAGGUGGUACAACUGGCUGUAGCUGUGGUACACACAUGGCUACUUGUCAUGUCACUUUCCAUAAUUAUUUACUGCAGAAUGAUUGAGAGGCUUUUGGUGCAGGCAGCCAUUAACCUCCUGCUUCCUUUGUUACCUCUGGGUCACUUUGCAGUAAAUUGCAGGUCUUUUAAGAGAUUCAAGCUUCGGUUUUCUCAAAACAAAACAAUUAUCUUGUCUUAUCUGAAAAUGCAGGGUUGUGGGCAAAAGAGGCUGGUUAUAAUAAUGCCCUCAUAUUGAGUGGUCUGUAAAUGGCUGCACACUUCAGGCACUGUAGUUGCUGAAGAUGCUUAAAUAUGACCUUGACUGGCUUUACAGGGGUGUAGAAUGUAAUCUACACAAGGUGACUGUGCAUCUACCUUGCUCUUGAGGUGGAUAAAAUUAAGAAGCUGGAGUGUGUAAGCCAUGCACAUAAGUAUUCUUCACUGUAAAUUUUGUUUUCAUUUUUAACCCAAUUAUGGUACUUUGUCCAAUGCACAACUGAUCUCUCAGUAGAUAUUCAUUUGAAAAUUGUGUGGCCUUGAUCAGUGAGAAGGGAGAGGAAAGAAGUGACUUUUUGCUUAUAUGAAAAUGACUUGUUUGCUGAGAGUUGUUCUAUAACACUCUAGGUAUGUUUUUGAUUGUAUCCUUUUUGAUUGGGGAAAGUUAAUGUUUUGAUCCUGGAGCUAAUUCAAUUGAGUUUUCUAAGUAUCAGAAUUGCUCUGAUGAAUAACAAAGUUGACAGCUUUGAUGUCCAAUCUCAGGUUUUUUAAAAUAUAGUGGAGUGAAAUCCCCACUAUUAUGAAUUCUUUAAAUCAAUAUUAAUUUAGGAGACCUUAAAAGUCUUGUGCAUAAGUAAGGCCUGUUCAGAGAGCAGACCUUUUUGCUCCUUUUCCACAAUUGUACGUCACUUGAAAAAGUGUCAAGUGAUUUUUGCAUUGUAUAUUUCCAUUUUAUUCCUGACAUAUUUCUCAAAGAUAAAGCACUUUUUGAUCAUGAAAUGCAUAGGAUCUUUGUGUGAUGUGGAUCAUGGUUUCUCAGGCUCCCCUAGAUAUUCUGUUUAUGAAUAUUAUUCUAACUUUAUGUCAGGAGAGUAGAAAUCUUUGCUAACGUUAGAAAGUUUGUAUUGUUGAUUCAGAAUACAUUUUGCUAGUUUCCAAUGGAUGGGAGAGUAAAAAAUGCUGCAUUCACAAUUUAAUAAGUUACUUUCCCUUAAGCCUUAAGGUAACUUUUUCUUUUCUGUCAACAACAGCACUGAAGUUACAGUAAAUGAAUGAGAUUAUCAGUUUUCAGGGUUGUUUUUAGAGUACUGUAAAUCAAUUAGCUGUCUUCCGAAAGAGUUACAAUUCCCAUUCAGUAUACUAGAUAAUGGGUGUAAGGGUGGGGGUAGGGUAGGGUGGGGGGGAGAUAGUUUGUAGAAAAGAAAAAAGAAAAAAAGAACCAUGUUUACCUUAAAAUACAGACAAGAAAAAAGUCCAUAUGUCCCAUUUGAAAUUCCAUACGCAAGGUGGAAAUGACAAAUUACAGCCUCAUUUCCUCUGCUUUUAAUUUAGAAAAAAAAGUAUUCAUUUUUAAUAUUAGCUUCAGAAGUUUCUUGAGAUAACUGGACUCUUGAGGAGCAAUUUCCAUUGCCAUAUCUGACUUGACUGUGUAAGUCAUCCUCAGACCUUAUUCUUAAAACCUAGUUUCAUUACUGGAACAUGUGCAAUCCACUUUUCAGUACUGAAAGUUAAAUUCAGAAAAUGGAAAAAUAAAAUUGCAUCAGCAUUGUAAAGAUUUCUUGUCCUGGGGAUUCCCAAUUGCAGUGUGUCCCCCUGAAUCAAGCAAGGCCUUUGUGAAUGCCUUUUGUAUUUCCUAAUGCAGUAUGGAAUAUGCUGUCCACUUCUGUUCACAGUCUUACUCUCUGUUGAGAAUCUAACUCAUGCCUUCUUGGAAUUAGACAUUCCAAUUGGGACAGAUAGAACCAUGUUAAAACGAGCAGAUGCCAUAUUGUUAGCUUUACCACAGUAAACUAGUAAAAGGGAGAGCACAACUUUAUUAGAAGCUAAGCUAGCAUGAUAGUGAAAGUUUUUAACUCAACUUUUCUAAUAGAUUUUUGAAUCUGGGAGCAAUUUUUAUUUUCCCCAUGCUAUAUCUGCUAUCCACUGACAGAUAAGAGAGGGCACACAGUGAAAUGAAGGUCCAGAGUUGUGAAGAGAAAGCGAUAGAUACAUUAAGUGGCCACUAGCAUUUUGCAGAAGGCAUGAGUUUGUUCUUUUUUCCUACCUUCAGCAUCUCUUCAAUGGCUAACUUUUUCAAGACUCACUGAGACCAUCUCUUAAAGGCAAAAUGUUUUGUCCUGUGUUGCAGGAUCAGGCUGGUCAGAAAAAUCUGUGCUUGGAAAUAGAAGGGCAAGUGGAUUGUUUCUUCCCUUUUAACAUUUCUUCUUGGGAGAAAAAAGUACAAGAGACUCAAAGAAAAUGAAAGAACAGGAUUUUAUCACUAAACACAUUUGGAGGUUUUGUUUUAAAUUGAUAAUAAGCAUAAAUCCUUUUCUUCUACCAUGUCACUCUUCUGUGUAAAAAAGCUCUCUGGAGCUGGGCAUGGUGGAACAUGCCUGUAAUCCCAGGUAUUUGGGAGACAGAGAUAGGAGAUCGUGGCCCAAGGCCGGCCCUGGGCAAUAAACAAAAGACCCUAUCUGAAAAAAAAAGCAAAAAAUAAUACCAAUAAUAGGACUGGGCGUGUGGCUUAAGUGGUAGAGCAUUUGCCAAGCAAACACAAGGCCCUGAGUUCAAAACCCAAAGUUCUACCUAGGGGAAAAAAAAACUUGGAUUCUUAAAACCCUAUAGAUUGGACAAAAAGUCUAGAAACUGACUUUCAGUUAGUGUAGACACAUUUUUUACAGUCUAUGGUUUUGCACAUUCCAAUAGGAGGCAAGUAGUAUUUGAGUUAUUUUUCAGUGGCAUCAGUAUCAAGACUGUAUCAGUGUAUCUGAACUUUUUUCUGAAGUCCUAGAACAUCUAUAUUAUUAAGCAUUUUGUUUUCCUUUUGGACUUUCAUACAGAUGUCUUUCUAAAAUCAUUUGUUAAGAUCACCUGUUCUGAUACAGUGCUAUAUAGCAUGUUUUUGUUCUGUGGGAAUCUUCAGAGACAGUUCCAUCUAUUGGUAGCUUUGUUAGACUUGGCUCUUCACUCCAAAGCGGGGGACUCAUGUCCUUCCAGUAGAGAAUCUACAAAGUUAUUUCAAUUAAAACCAAAUCUUGAUAGCAGGAGACAGCUUCCUGAUCUAAAUGUACAAUUAGAGUUUAGGUUGGCAAUUACUUUAAAAGGUUGUUUUUUGUUCUUUUUUUUUUUUUUUUGGAGAGGGUUGUCUUUGAUCUCUGUAAAUACCAACAAGCUUAUACAUUGUAAGCCAAGUGCGUAUGCCUAUGUAUGAAUUUGUAGAGCUGAUUUCUGCUUCAAGUGAAGCUGCACCUUUCAUUUUAUAAAGUUCCCUCCACCCAGAAUCCUAUAAAUGUUGUAAAUAGAACAUGGAAAUUGUAGUAGUAGGAUCAAUUUGAGAAUAUCUGCUGAGAGACCAAAAAGUUCAUUUUUUUAAGUACCUUGGUUAAUUAAAAAGUAAAAAGAUUAUUUCUCUUGCUUAUUUUUGAAAAGAAGAAUGCACUUUAACAUAGAGCUGCAUGGGCAAUUCAAACAAAUCCGUGAAGUGCAGUACCCAUCCAGAAAUCACACUUCCUGAAAACCGUUCAAAAAGCAGAGUCCAGACGGGCUGUUGAUCUCACUGCCUGUAGGUUGAAGCUCAGAUUCUGAACAAUUUUGAUACAUGCAGGGCUGCUUCAAAAGAGCAAUGUGAAUACAGCCAGAAGCUUCGGACAGGUCUGUAAAAUAGCGGGUCCCGUAUUUACCACUAACUAGCAAAACUGACAGAAAACUCAUAGAAAAAGUUAAGAAUCCUUCCUGCUGGUGUGCACUCCUUACAAUAGCAGACUUUUGCAAAUGGAGUUUUACAGUCUAUAUUUAAAGAAUUGUAUGUUUGUAACAAAUAAAGUAUGCGGAAAAGUGAAUGACAA